AUGAGUGAAACAUCCAAACAGAAACAAAUACCAACAACAAAUCAUGAAAAAUUAAUUGAAUCUCAGUUAAUAAAAACAGCUCAAAUAUUAGAAGAUACCUUAGAUGAACAAAUUAAUCGUUUGGAUAAUUUAAAUGAUGAUGAUUUAGAAGCUAUUCGAAAACUUCGAAUUAAACAAAUGAAAGAAGAAUCAAAACAACAUUCUGAAUGGUUAGCUUUAGGACAUGGUGUUUAUUCUGAAUUAUCAAAUGAAAAAGAAUUUUUUACUGCUUGUAAAACAUCAUCAUUUGGUUUUGUUUGUCAUUUUUAUCGUGAUUCAACAUUUCGAUGUAAAAUUUUAGAUAAACAUUUAAAUUUAUUAGCUCCAAAACAUAUUGAAUGUAGAAUGGUAAAGAUUAAUGCAGAGAAAGCACCAUUUUUAACAAAACGAUUAAAUAUUCAAGUAAUACCAACUUUAAUUCUUGUUAAAAAUGAAAAAGUAUGCGAUCGUAUUAUUGGAUUUGAUGAACUUGGUGGUCAUGAUGAAUUCUCUACUACUAUGCUUGAAUGGCGUUUAGGUGUUGGUAAAGUAAUUAAAUAUUCCGGUGAUUUAACCGUUCCACCAGAUAUGAACAAGAAGAAGAAAAAGUCUACAUGUAGUAAUUUAUCAAAUAUCACUACAAAACUAUAUGAUAAUAAAUCUAUAUAUAAUAAGUAUUUUGACAAUAACAAUGAUGAUGAUGAUGACAACGAAGAUAGUGAUUAA